AUGACGAGAGUUUGGUUUAUCACUGGAUGCUCUCGUGGCCUCGGCCUAGCUGUAGCUGAAGCUGCGCUCACUGCUGGUGAUUCUGUUAUUGCAACUGCCCGAAAGCCAGAGCAGCUCGCAGACCUGACGGCAAAAUAUGGCAGCGACAGGGUCUUCACCCUAGCCCUAGACGUCAGCAACAACCACAAUGUGAUCGAAGUCGUGAAGGCUGGACACGAAAGGUUUGGCCGAAUCGACAUCGUUGUCAAUAACGCGGGGUACGCCAACUCUGUCGCUGUCGAGGAUAUUGACAUCGAUGACUUCCGAGCCCAAGUAGAUGCGAAUCUCUUCGGAGUUGUCUACGUUUCGAAGGCGGUCCUACCUAUCCUUCGCCAGCAAAAGUCCGGCCACAUAUUUCAAAUUUCCUCGGUUGGCGGACGACUCGGUGUGCCGGGUCUCUCGGCAUACCAAAGUGCAAAAUGGGCAGUCGGAGGUUUCUCGACGGUGCUCGCGCGAGAAGUGGCACCGCUCGGCAUCAAAGUCACCGUACUGGAGCCUGGUGGCAUGAGGACUGACUGGGCUGGCUCAUCAAUGCAAAUUCCUCCGGUGAGCAGACCGUACGAGAGUACCGUGGGCUAUGUGGCCGACCUGCAUCGGAAGAAUUUAGGAAAUGAACCAUCCAUACCAAGCAAGGUUGCAAACAUUGUUCUUAGGUUGUCGAAGGAAAAGGAGCCUCCUCUGAGACUUUUAGUCGGUCCUGAUGCGGUGGAACAUGCCGAAAAGGCGGCCGAGGCUCUCGCAGUAUCUGACGCAAAGUGGCUUGCCUUGAGUGUUUCAUCAACCUAG